AUGGUGCAGACCCUGUAUAGUGCCCAUUUCCUGAACAACCUGUCAAUAUACUCAGUUCAGUCCAUUGUGAUCUCAACAGAAGUCGCACACAACCUGGGACUCAGUCAACUAAAUGCUACUCUAUUUAAUGCCGGUGUGCGCAUCGCCGAAUGCUUGGGCAUUCACAAAAUCAAAAAUCAUCCGCUGACCCCUACUAAAUCACAAGACGAAUGGGAGGAAAGGGUUGAGCGAGAGGUUGGACGAAGGCUGUGGUGUCAAAUGCUCAUUCAAGACCAUUUUGCCAUCCCAUUCACGGAUACAUAUAGCAUUUCCCCAAUGCAUUUUUCGACCGGUCGACCUCUUAACGCAGACGAUCACGAUUUAAUAGAUGUACCACCCGAGACACCGACUAUUAGCAGUUAUGUCCGUACAUUAGUGGAGCUAGCCGCCCUGAUGCCCGCACUAAUUGACGGCCUGGGACCAAUGUAUCGUCGAAAGCCCCUCCGCGAACAAUACGAACAUAUUCUUCGUGUGGAUCAAAAGAUGCGCGCGAUUGUCAAAAACAUACCAUCAUUCAUGUUGCGACCAGAUCCUAUUAAAGAAGCCGAAAUCCCAUGGCUGACAAUUGCCCGCCGAAGUCUCGCCAUCACAGCAGCUGAAAAGAUCAUCAUGAUACAUAGACUGUUUUUGUUUCGAUCCUUCCAUGACUCGACCUAUGUUCACUCCCGGCGGACCUGUGUCGCAGCCGCAAUGACAAUUUUACGUGAACAUGAAACUAUAGUUGAAGAAGAUGACUUGUCUAUUUGGACGCAUACUGCAUUCGCAAUAACAGCAGCUGUGAUAUUAUGUUUCGAAGUAAAUACUGUGAUGGAAACAACCGACCGGAGAAGUGUACCGAUGUACAGAAUGGCUGUCGUCGCCGCUCGCGACCGUCUAGCCUCCCGGACCGGAGAUAUACUCGCUCAGCGAGGCGUUACUUUGAUUGAUGCAAUUUCUAUUGCGGAGCAAUCGAGUUCCAAUGUCCCAGAACCGAAUCGACUCUCUUCCAUCGACUUCAAUCGAGUAUUCGCCAACUUCUCAACACUAAGCAAGGCCACAUUGAUUCCUCUAGCCGACGAGAUGACACCAGGCAAAAUUUCGAGUGGCACACCCGAGAAUUUUGAUCCGCUUGAUUUAGGUGAGAUGCAAUCGGCGUGGAAUCAAGAGGAGAUUGAUUUUGAUCUUUGGUUUAAUGGAAUUUUCAAUAAUUUUCCGGAUCACCAGCUCUAG